GCAGUCGCGGUAGAUCAUACUGAUACCUACUGCGAUUCAUAGAUUACGAGUUUUGUGCUUUCUUGCUCAUAGAGCGCUAUUUGAACUAUUUAUCUGCGUUGAAAUUUUGAGUUGUGAGAUUGAAAUUGAACUGUUAUUCUGCAUCGAGAUUCCGAAUUGUGAGAUUGUGUACUGAAAGAUCCAAAAUGCCGUCUGGUAAAGCUCCUGCUAUUGGAAUCGACUUGGGCACGACUUAUUCUUGUGUUGGUGUUUUUCAACACGGAAACGUCGAGAUCAUCGCUAACGAUCAAGGAAACCGCACUACACCGAGUUAUGUUGCGUUUACGGACACUGAAAGGCUGAUUGGUGAUGCUGCUAAAUCUCAGGUUGCCCUGAAUCCUGAGAAUACCAUUUUCGAUGCUAAGAGACUGAUUGGUCGAAAAUAUGAUGAUCCCAAAACCCAACAAGAUAUGAAAAACUGGCCUUUUAAAGUCGUCAAUGAAGCUGGUAAACCAAAGAUUUCUGUGGAGUUUAAAGGGGAAACGAAACGCUUCAAUCCUGAGGAGAUUAGUGCUAUGGUUUUGACAAAAAUGAAAGAGACUGCAGAAAUGUAUCUGGGACAGAAAGUGGUAGAUGCUGUGAUUACAGUUCCUGCAUAUUUUAAUGAUUCUCAAAGGCAAGCUACCAAAGAUGCUGGUAGAAUAGCUGGACUUAAUGUGCUAAGAAUAAUUAAUGAACCUACUGCUGCUGCGCUAGCUUAUGGACUGGACAAAAAUCUCAAAGGUGAGAAAAAUGUUCUUAUCUUUGAUUUGGGAGGAGGAACAUUUGAUGUUUCAAUUUUAACCAUCGAUGAAGGCUCCUUGUUCGAAGUGAGAUCUACUGCCGGAGAUACUCAUCUCGGAGGUGAGGACUUCGACAACAGGAUGGUUGCUCAUUUUAUUGAGGAGUUCAAGCGCAAGCACAAAAAAGAUCUGCGAUCUAAUCCUCGUGCACUCAGAAGGUUGCGUACAGCUUGUGAACGAGCCAAAAGAACACUAUCCAGCAGCUCCGAAGCUAGCAUUGAAAUUGAUGCACUUUUUGAAGGCGUCGACUUUUAUUCCAAGAUCAGCCGAGCAAGGUUCGAAGAACUUUGCAUGGACUUGUUCCGGUCAACUUUAGAUCCUGUAGAACGUGCUCUGAAGGAUGCCAAACUGGACAAAAGCAGCAUUCAUGAUGUAGUUUUAGUAGGUGGCUCUACUCGAAUACCCAAGAUUCAAAAACUUUUGAAAGAUUUCUUCCAUGGCAAAGAACUGUGCAUGUCCAUCAACCCUGAUGAAGCGGUUGCCUAUGGUGCAGCCGUGCAAGCAGCGGUCCUUACUGGUAGUACAGACGAGAAGAUUCGAGAUGUUUUACUCGUCGAUGUGGCUCCACUCUCUCUGGGUAUCGAAACGGCUGGUGGUGUGAUGACAAAGAUUAUUGAGAGAAAUUCUCGCAUUCCCUGCAAAACUUCUCAGACUUUUACAACUUAUUCUGACAAUCAACCUGGAGUUGACAUCCAAGUUUAUGAAGGAGAAAGGGCCAUGACAAAGGACAAUCAUUUGCUCGGAAGAUUCCAGCUGUCUGGUAUUCCACCUGCUCCCAGAGGUGUCCCCCAAAUUGAAGUGACUUUCGACUUGGAUGCUAAUGGAAUACUUCAAGUAUCUGCACUGGAAAAGAGUACUGGCAAAACUCAGAGUAUCCGCAUAACCAACGACAAGGGCCGCUUGUCGAAAGAAGAUAUUGAAAGGAUGUUGAAUGAAGCCAAGCAAUACGAGAAAGAAGAUGCUGAACAAAGAGAAAAGGUUGCUUCUAGAAAUUCCCUAGAAAGCUAUGUGUAUUCUGUGAAACAAGCUGUGGAAUCUGCUCCAGAUGAUAAACUGUCCUCAUCUGAUAAGAACAAAGUGAAGCAAACUUGUGAUUCUGUUAUCCAGUGGCUGGAUAAUAACACAUUGGCAGAAAAAGAUGAAAUAGAACAUAAACUGAAAGAAGUCCAGUCAGAACUUUCACCUAUUAUGACAAAAAUGCACCAAGGUGCAAAUGGUGGUUCUAAACCGGGAUCAACCACUACUGCAGGCAGUGGACCGACAAUUGAAGAAGUAGACUAGGGACUUCAUAAUGAACUAUUAGUUUUUCAGGACUGGUUUUUUAUGUAGAUAUGUAUGAAAAACACCCAAGUUCCAGUAAUGUUGGUUCUAACUCAAAAUGUUCUACUGCAGGCAGUGGUCCAACAAUUUAAGUAGAUUAGAACUGAUUAUAUGGUCUUUAAAUGGUAAAUUAUUCUGUGAUAAUGUGUUUCGUUUUAUUUAUUUUGUGUGCUUGUUAAUCUGUUACAGAAUUCU